GUAAUUCUCGUGUUUUUUUUCAUAUUCUUUCCGGGGAAUAUUUUCCGAGGAAUCACACGGUUCAGCGCAAGGGACAACAAUGGCGGAUCCUUACGGAGUAAACCCUCACCACUUGCUCGAAUCGGAUGACAUGACUUCCUUCCUGCACAAUUUUCUCCGAGGCUCGUCUGCUUCUUCUUCCGCUGCAGCCGUCGGUCUCUAUGGUCGCCCGUCGACGGAAGGUUCCGUCAUGGAGUCCGGUAUGAGGGGCGGAUCUCCUGCUCCUCCGUCGUCCGGCCUCAAUUUGUCGAAUCAUUUCGGAUUCUACGGAGCGGAAUUCAAGGGAGGUGAUGCCGUGAACGCAUUUUCGGCCGCCGGAAUCGCCGAUUGCGAGGCGGGGAUCAUCACUUCUUCGAAGGGGAUUGAGUUCGGGAGUGAAGACAAGGUCGACGACGAUUUCGCUUUUAGUUUUGAGGACUGUGAAACUUCAGAUGCACCAAGUAACCAGGCUCAACGGCGUUCUUCCAAGAGGAGUAGAUCAGCUGAGGUUCAUAACAUGUCGGAAAAGAGGAGGCGGAGUCGAAUCAAUGAGAAAUUAAAGGCACUGCAGACCUUGAUUCCGAAUUCGAACAAGACUGAUAAGGCAUCUAUGCUUGAUGAAGCCAUUGAAUAUUUGAAGCAGCUUCAAUUGCAAGUCCAGGUGUUAACAAUGAGGAACGGAUUGAGUCUGUAUCCAUCAGGUUAUUUUCAGGGAUCGGUUCAACUUCCUCCAUCUGGGAGCAGAUUUGAUGAGAGUGUAAUUCCAAACACAAAUGGAGCACCCAAUUUUUCUGGGAUCCAUGAAAUUUCGUUGGAGAGGGGUUUCGAGAAUUCCCAUCAAAAUAUGAGGAACAACCCAAGUCCGGUACUUGUCUUUGAUGAGACGCCGAUGCAGAAUAAUCACUAUGGGUUUCUUAACCAUUUUGCUCCUACAAAGGAUCUGUGCAGAAACGAUGCACUGUCAAGGUUGCACUUAGACAUGAGCUGCUCCGGGAAUAACUCAUCACCAGGUGUCUCAUCUUCUUAAUAAGCAAAUUAAUCAAUAUAUUGCCAACUCAUAACUUCAGCUAAAUCUCACCAAAGCAAACACCAACAUAACUCAGCUCUCUAACUGGUGAGCUCAAUCAGUCCAUCUCAUGUGCCAAAUCAAAUUUAGUACUUUUGUCUUUCGCAAACAGCCUCUCUAUCUUUCCAUAGGGUAAAGGUAAGUUCUGCGUGCGCCCAGCCCGACCCCACGUAUGGGAAUUUGAUCACUGGAUUCUGUCUAAUGUCAUGCAAAUGAAAGAGCACAUUUUCAGAGUUUCAAGUAGGUCUAGAAUUUGUUGGAUUUUUUCCUGUAUGGGAUAGACUCAACACACACUUUCUGACACCCCCUUAAGUGGUAACUAGCCUUAGUUACUACUUGGAUGAAUGAGGUCGUCUUUCGUCUGCUUGAUCUAAUAUGAUUUGAUUUUUUAAAGAUCUAGUCUGAUCUGAUUAUAAUUAUAUUUUUUGCUCUGAUGUAGUGUGAUUAUAUUUGAUCUAAUUUUAAAAAGAAUAAGUAAUAAGUAAAAAAAAUAAAUUGAACCGAAAGACUCUCAGUUUAGCAUCUCUUUUUCUUAUUAAGAGACCAAAGACACGACAUUAGAGUAAAAGUCAUAAACGUUGAUUAUGGAAGCUUAAGAAAAAGCUGUCUAUUAC